AUGAGCACCGACUUCGUGUUUUUGCCAGGGCAGGGUUCCCAUUAUUCAGCAAAAGUCCGCUCGUUUGUUCUGCGCAAUCGAAAAUCAGGCCAACAGCGUCCAAAGCGCGCAAAGAAUGUCAAGAUUGAAGAAACUGCAGAAACCGCCAUUGUGACGUCGACCAAGCAGCAAAUGGUUCCGCUGGCAGAUGCACAGAACCUUCUGCAGGGUCAUUUUGAUCCCUUCAGAACAUUGGCUGCCGACCUGGACCGAACCGAAGGCAUCAUGAUUUCGCACUUCGUGGGAGACUGCAUACCUAACCUCGGAAAGCGGCGUCAGACGGCAUUUUUUCCGCCCCGCGAUAUGCAUUGGCCAGUGAUGCAAGGAAACCCCCUGAUGCUGGCCGUCGCCGUCCACUUUGCAGCAAUGAGCCGAGCUCUGAUCGAGACACGAACACAAGAAGAAAGGAUCUUUGCGGAAAAAUGCUAUCUGAAAACUUUACGACAUUUCCGCACGAGGCUGGAAGCCGAAGCGGCAGCUCCGAGUGAUGGGCUCCUCCAGGCCAUGUCCUGCAUCUGCGCGACCGAAUCGGUCAUCAGGGAAUGCUCCGAAACGACGAAAGAGCAAGCGCGAAGCUCUUUCUAUCUGCACUGUCGUGGUCUGCGAGCUGCGCUGGAACGCCGACAUGGGUGGGACCUUGUGCAUUACUCCCCUGCUUUGGCGUUUGAGAUGAUAUGGCAAGAUAUGUUGUCGAAUGGACAGAUCUCUGCCAUGAAGACUCGGUUUUCCAUCCACUUGAAAUCUUCCCGGUUGGGCGAACAGGAACGACAGAUGAGACCAAUUGCAGAGGCAGCACUAACUCAAGCUCAAUGGGAUCGCUUUUGCACGCUCGAAUUUAUCGGCGCCUAUAAAAACUUCUAUACCAUGGCCAUCUAUAGACGACGACACCCACCGAGCGAUCUUCAUCCCCUGAGCCUGUUCCUGCCCGACACCCAGGCCUACCGAACCCUGUCGGCCAAUGUGCCAAGCGUCGUCCGUCCCAUCAUGCCAAUCCUGCUCCUGCAUCUUGUGCUCUUCGACCUCCAGGGCACUUCCACAGAAGAAUUGGCCUACCAGUACCGGGCGAUACGACGCAAAUUUGACCGGUGCGAUGUCGAGCUCGAUAGUGGGCAGACGUACCUGCUGUACGCGAUUGGCAUGUCACCGGAUAUGAAGGGGUGGUCUGAUUUCGACCAAAUGGCUCUCCUGUCGCGCUUGUUGAGCGUUGAAGCGCGCCUGUCGGAUGCCUCGAGACAAAUGCUGAGAGAGAGCCUCCUUGCGUUCAUCGAGUCGGCUGUAACGGUGGACAGCGACUGGUGGACUCCUGAUGACAUGGAAACAGUCAUCACCAAAGAGCUGCUACAGCAAUGA